UUGAGGAUAAGGACAACACCUCCGCACGACAUCUUCCCGCCUCCAUCGUGCAGUCCUUCGCACACCCGUCAGGCCAUGCUUCGCAAUAUCUCGCCAGUCUGCUGGCGAUGCGCAAGCAGGACCUUGACAUCUCCGCCAACCACGACGACUCUCCGAACAAUCUCCACCUCAUCCCAACAAACGACCUCCCUCCUCACGAGACCAGUCCGCCCGUUGAAUUCCAUAAUCCGCCGUCACGCCUCUCAAUUCCAACCUCUCGCUCCUCCAUCUCCGGCCUCGCUAGGCAAGCCCACCACCGCAAAGACCUAUCGUCGCUCCCGCAAAUGGCUUCGACGCCUGAUCCGCCUCUCCCUCGCCAGCGGCCUCAUCUACCUCCUCGACACGAACUUCUACGACUCCAGCUUCACGCGUUCCGUGCGGACCUUCGGCACGGGUCUACUCAUCGCUCUGGACUACAAACUGAACUUUCGAGCGGACCCAUGGAUCGGCGAAUCAGUGCAGGACUUACACGCGAGGAGUGCUACGAGAGUGUUUAAUCUGCUGCGAGAAAAUGGAGGACUAUACCUUAAGAUCGGCCAGGCGUUGGCGAUGCAGACGGCUAUCAUGCCGCCUGAAUUUGGCAAGAUGUUCGAACGCAUGUUCGACGAUGCGACGCAGAAUUCGUGGAAAGACGUGGAGAAAGUGAUACGGGAAGACUUUGGAAAGUCGCCGGAAGAGGUGUUUGGAAUCAGCUUCGACGGAGAUCCGAACAAGGGCAUCAUGGAGAGGACGGCACGGGCGAGUGCGAGUGUUGCGCAGGUUCACUGGGCGAGAUUACCGGAUGGGAGGGAGGUGGCGAUUAAGAUUCAGAAGAAGGAGAUUGCACGACAGGUCGGAUGGGACUUGUGGGCGUUUAAAGUGGUGUCGAAGAUUUACAGCUGGUGGUUUGACUUGCCGCUGUAUCAUCUCGUGCCGUAUGUGUGCGAUCGAUUGAUGGCUGAGACGGACUUUGAGUUUGAAGCGUCGAAUUCGAGGAAGAUGAGGGCGUUGAUUGCGAAUGAGCCGAGGUUGAGGGAUCGGGUGUAUAUUCCUGAUGUUUACCCUGAGCUGAGCAGUAAGCGGGUUAUGACUGCGGAGUGGAUUGAGGGUAUCCGGCUGUGGGACAAGGACGGCAUCGCUAAUACAUGGCAAGGUGGUUGGAGGCAAGGCUCGCCUGGCGCAGGUGGAGUACAACUUCCUCCUCCUCCUGCUUCCGCGCACGCCUCUGUCACGACGAAUGACCCGCUCAAUGAGAAGCUCAAACCCACUCGGGACGCAUGGCGCGGCGCAGAUGGAAAGGGAGGUCUUGGCCUAUCCCUCAAACCCGUCAUGCAAACGAUGGUCGACCUCUUCUCCGCACAAAUGUUCCUCUGGGGACUUGUACACUGCGAUCCCCAUCCUGGCAACAUCUUCAUCCGAAGGAAGCCGAACGGCAAACCUGAACUAGUCCUCAUCGACCACGGCCUAUACAUCCAGAUGAAGCCCAAGUUCCGACGAGAAUACGCUCUCUUCUGGCGAAGUCUGAUGACAUUCGACAACGCUACAAUCGCACGCAUCACACACGACGAAUGGGGCGUCGACGCCCCAGACAUGUUCGCCAGCGCCACCCUACUGCGCCCCUACGAAGGAGGCGACCACAGCGUCAGCAAACGCAUCAAAGAAGUCUCACAAAAACCCGAACGCGAACGACAAUUCGAAAUGCAACAGCACAUGCGCAAGUCCAUCCGGGACAUGCUCGCCAACCAAGACAAGUUCCCGCAAGAACUCAUCUUUAUCGGGAGGAAUUUGCGGAUUGUACAAGGGAAUAAUCAGUACUUGGGUUCUCCGGUCAAUCGUAUCAAGAUUACGGGAUACUGGGCCAGUCGGGCGUUGGUGGAUGAUUCGCAUGAUUUGACGGUGACGGAGAGGUGGAGGGAGUAUGGACGGCAUUUGCUGUUUAGAUGUGUGCUUGCGGGCACGGAUUUGUGGUUUUGGUGGGCGAAGGCGAGGCAGAUUGUGGGCUGGGGAAAGGGUAUGGAUGAUGACUUGGAGGAGAGUAUGAAGAAGAUGAUGAGUGGAAUGGGUGUGGAGUUGCAGCAUUCUGUGUUCGAGGGAUAG